AUGUCGAGGCCUCGCGACGCGCCCGGCCAGCCGUGCGAAGACGAGUAUCCGGAGCUUCCGAACGUGGACACGUCGAUCUCGUUCGAUGCAAAAGCCCUCGCGAAGGUGGUUCCGCCAGGCAGGAGGGGCUUCGUCAAGUUCCACCCCCGCGCCACAAUCGCGGUCAAGAUCCGGCAGCCGGUCGUGGACCAGCUCUUCGGGCGGUACCUCGUGAUGCUGGCCCGGAAAGCAUCGCUUCCGGGGCAACAGGCAGCGGAGGACCGGUGCCAAGAGGACAAGGUGUGGGCGAGGGUCGCUGCAAAGGCCGCAGUGCAGACUGAGCUCGCGCAGGUGUACCGCGCCGACGGAGUGACGACGUCCGGCGCGUACAUCGCGCAGUCCAAGCAGGCCAAGGCGUCGUGGGACUUCGUGCAGAAGGCUGCGGACGCUCUGGGGCUGUCGAUGAUGCAAGUGGUCGGCACCUCGAUGCGCGGCGCCGCGACGAUAGCGCAGCCUGUGCCGACGCAGCCACCGCCGCCGCCCAAGCAGCCCGCGAUCACAGCGGCGCGAAGGGAGGCGGACCGUGGCAAGGGGGACCGCGCCGGUCCGCGCGGCGCGGCGUCCGGGUCGAAGCGGCCGCGCGCAGAGCCUGAGGCGGGCCCGCACCCGAGUCCCCCCCGGCCGGCUCCGGGGGCGGUGAAGGACAGCAUCAGGACGUUCGUGAGCGGCGCGGUGCAGGCGCAGGUGGUCGCGGGCGCGCUGCCCGCGGCGGCGGCGGACGACGUCGUCGAGCGAGCGACGCGCAAGGUGCUUGCCGCGCACGCCGACGACACGGACGCCACCUUCCUGGCGCGCGAAGGGCCCCGCGUGCUGGCGCUGGUCAAGGGCUACGUCGACGUGCACGCGCGGAAGAAGGCGAAGCGUCAGUAG